UUAAUUAUAAUUUAUACACAUGUAACUUGAAACAAUUUCAAAUAUUAGUUAAUCCAUACAAUCUUAUGUAGUAUUAAUGUAUUUUUACAUAGAAAAUUUAUAAAGAAGAACUUACUUAUCUUCACUCGUUUCGUAGCGGUACUGAACAUUAAAUAACAACGUAUAGGCAACUAAGUACACGUAAACACAUUUUGUCAGAGAAAUUCUUAUUUCCUUGAACAUUUCAAUCGAUACGUUUUGAGUGGAAAAAAGUUACCCCAUCCUCCCGUUGAUAAGUUACUUUUCACGUUCACCUUUUAUCAAGCGUGUAAAAUUGUGACAUGUAAAAUUGCUGUCAAAGGUUUCUAUCGUACAUAGUAUUUCUCUCUAUUACACCUGCUAAAAUAUUAAUUCGUUCCUUAUAUCAAUGACGAGACGAGAAGUUUAGUCAAUUGCGUGUUGCCAAAGGUAGAACGUUACUUUGAAAAUUAUGGCAUUCGUGUGGAAAGAUUACUAUAGUAUUACAAAAAGAUUGUUGUUACUCUGCGGUCUGUGGCCUUAUCAGGAAAAACGAACGAGACUUUUUCGAGUGCAUUCGUUGACUCUGAUCAUUUUUUCGCUGAUUGUUCCGCAGGUGGCCCAAUUUUUUCGUUGCAAUGGAAACGGGCGAUGUAUUAAACUGACUAUACCGAUGUUUAUGUUAAUGAUUAUAUUUCUGGUGAAACUAUACACAUGCCAAUUUAACAUUAUAAAAGUAUAUCAUUAGCGAAAUUUAUAUUAAAUAUUUGAUCGAAAAUUAUUCGAAUUUUUAUUGUCCUUUUUUUAUCCUUCGAUCACGAUCGUCUUCGAUCGUUGAACUAUCCGAUAUAAUUCAACAUUCAUUGAAGAUAUUUUUAGAUCAAAAAUCUUACUGACCAUAUAUGUGACGAUUGGAAAAAGUUGAAUACCACGGAAGAAUAUGAAAUUAUGAAAAAGUAUGCCGCGAAUGCAAAAUUGAUUACUUUCAUAUAUUUGAUAUAUGUUUUUGUUUGCUGUGGGGGAUAUGUAUUAUUUUCCAUCAUACCAAAAUUUUUGAAUAUUGUGUUACCUCUCAACGAAUCCCGGCCUGUAAAUUUACCCUACCAGGCUUAUUACUUCGUGGACGAAGAAAAAUAUUAUUUCUACAUUAUAUUUUACACCUGUGUGUUCGGAUCUGUAGCUACUAUGAUGGUAAUCGCGCACGAUUGCACGUUUUUUAUUUAUAUUGAGCAUGUCUGCAGCCUCUUUGCUGUGGCUGGAUUUCAUCUUGAGACUUUAUCACUUAAUGACUGUAAUGAUGCAAAUAAUCGUCUAGAUAAUCGGAAGAUCUAUAAUCGGAAAAUCGCUAUUUCUAUUCAUGCACACUGGCGAGCUUUACGAUUCGCGAAGAUUCUUGAAGACAUCUUUUGUAUUGCUUUCGCAAUACAAAUGUUGAUAGUUACUGCAAUAUUGAGCAUUACUCUGCUACAAGUUGCAUUACUGUAUGGCGAAUUUAAUGAAACGGUGAAAUACCUGGCGUUUAUCUUUGCUCAGGUGAUACACACGUUCUGCUUCAGUGUACAAGGACAGAGAUUGAUUGAUCAUAGCUUGCAAUUAAGCGAUAAAAUAUACAAUUCCUCCUGGUAUGAAAUACCAGCGGAAUCACGAAGGCUGCUUUUGUUCAUAAUGCGAAGGAGCAUGCAACCCUGUUUUUUGAGCGCCGGUAAGCUUUAUGUCUUCUCUCUGAAGAACUUCUCCACGGUAAAUGUUAUUUACGAAAUUUAUGUUACUAUAUAUGCUCCUUUGAAGUCUCUUCUGAGAAUACUGGCAUUUAUUUUAAAGGUUAUGCAGUCUUCGGUGUCGUAUUUUACUGUACUUGCAUCCUUCCAAUAAUGAAUGGUCAAUAUGUAAUUUGGAUAGUAUUUGUAU